CUCCUCCUCUCUCCUCUCUCUCCUCUCUCUCCCUCUCUCCUCUCUCUCUUCGCUCUCGUCCUCCUCUCUCUCUCUCUCUUUCUCUUGUGUAACUUUCAUCAAUGUAUUCACCUUCUUGAAGUUGACCUUCCUUCGUGACCGUAAACAAAAAAAAAAGCAGCCAGCCUUGAGCCAGCCAGCUGAGUCUCCUCAGUGUCCUGAACGCAGCACACUGAUCAACUCAUCGCCUGCCCGCAGGUCUGUUCACUGAUGCUGGAUCAGCGGGAGUGGAAUGGAUAAUGGCCAUGGCACACUGUAAUCUGCGAUCUCCAUCCUCCUCUCCUCGUGAUGAUGUCAACCUGGGAGCUUCAGCAAACCCAAAUGCCAGGCCAACUGACUUUGACUUCUUGACUGUCAUUGGCAAGGGGACAUUUGGAAAGGUCCUGCUUGCCAAGCUCAAAGCCGACAACAAAUUCUACGCCGUCAAAGUGCUGCAGAAGAAAGUCAUCCUGAAGAAGAAAGAGCAAAAGAACAUUAUGGCAGAAAGAAAUGUGCUUCUGAAGAGUCUCAAACAUCCCUUUCUGGUUCGGCUCCACUACUCCUUCCAGACCCCGGAGAAGCUCUACUUUGUCCUCGACUAUGUGAAUGGCGGAGAGCUGUUCUUCCACCUGCAGAGAGAGCGGUGUUUCUCCGAGCCCAGAGCGAGGUUCUACUCAGCCGAGGUCGCGAGCGCCAUCGGCUAUCUUCACUCUCUCAACAUCGUUUACAGAGAUCUGAAGCCAGAGAAUAUUCUCUUAGAUUCUCAGGGUCAUGUGGUGCUGACAGAUUUUGGGCUGUGCAAAGAAGGUGUAGAGCCGGAGGGAACCACCUCGACUUUCUGUGGGACUCCAGAAUACUUGGCUCCAGAGGUUCUUCGAAAGGAAGCCUAUGACAGGACAGUGGACUGGUGGUGCCUGGGAGCAGUGAUCUAUGAGAUGAUCUACAGCCUGCCUCCUUUCUACAGCCGUGACAUCGGUGAAAUGUAUGACGGGAUCCUUCACAAACCCCUGCCACUGCCCCCGGGAAAGUCUGAUGCUGUCUGCUCUCUGCUGGUGGGUCUUCUGCAGAAGGACCAGCACAGACGCCUCGGGGCCAUCGCCGACUUUUUAGAAAUAAAGAACCACAUCUUUUUCUCUCCAAUCAACUGGGACGACCUUGACCAUAAGAGAAUCACUCCUCCUUACAACCCGAAUGUGAUAAACAGGUGACAAAGGUUCACCAGUUCAACCUGUUUAGAGGCCCAGCUGACACUCAGCAUAUCGAUCCAGAGUUCACCAGAGAAGUGGUUCCUAACUCGGUGAGUCGGACCCCGGAGCUCAACACCAGCAGCAACAACGCCUUCAAUGGGUUCUCCUUUGUCGCCACCGAGGACAGCUUUCUGUGAGGCAGGACUUAACUGUUCAAAUGUUUAAACAGGGUGAUUGAUUUUAUGGAGUGAUGACACCUUUCUGAGUCACAUGAAAAUAAGUACUCUACGUGUAACAUUGUAGGAAUUCCAUGUGGUACCUCCUGUUUGACUACUGUAGGGAUUCUCUCUUCAGGGUUUAGCAGAAAAAGGAGCCCACCUGCAAUGGAGACAUUUAAUAUUAAAAUAUAAAACCUUUUUUGCCUUGAAGUCCCAGGACUAUUCUUAGAGAGAUAGCGAAGUUUGACAUGAACGUGUUACCAAAUAUACAGGGCUCGCAAGAAGUAGGAGCACCUUUAAGAUGCAAUGCAAAUGAAUGAUUUUUAUUCCAUUAAUUUGCAAUGGAAUGACUGGUGUGUUUAACAAUUAUUUUAUAUACAGACAUUAUCAUAUUGCGUUGGUACAGUCAGACUUAGGGCUCUAUUUUCCUAAAAUAGGGUGCAGAUGCAAACGCAAGCAAUAUCUCAAAAUGGGCAUGACCAGAAAAUCUUUUGCAAUUUUGGUGACCACAGGCAUUGGUGCAAACCAGGUGUAACCAGACAGCUGAUGCGUACUGGUGCAGCUUCUGAAAUAUCAAUGCGACUUUAGGAGACUCUGGGAACCACAAGUAAUGCUGCAUUCUGGGAGCUCAGUGCUCUAGAGGGGCAUUAGGGUAAUAUGAGCUCUUUGGUCUAUAACAGUGCCUGUCUAUUAAGAGCUUUGUAGGUCAGGUGAAGGAUUUUAAAUUCAAUUCUGGAUUUUACAGGGAGCUGGUGCAGUGAAUCUCAUACGGGAGAAAUAUGAUUUCUUUUUCUAGUUUUUGUCAGUAGCUUAUACACGCUGCACCAUUCUGGAUCAGCUUGAGAGUCUUAAGGGACUUGUUCAAGCAACCUGAUAAUAAGGAAUUACAAUACUCCAGACUAGUUUUUGCAAUAUUAAGCAAGUGAAAAAGGCACUGCUUGAAGUUUGUUUUAUUUAGGCAUUAAAGAAUAUAUCCUCCAAGCAAGAGAGAGAAGCCAUCGCUAAAUACUAAGCUAAAGUUGCUAACAGAAUCUCUCACUCCUUACAGUACUGGUCUUGUUCGUUUAUGGCAAGUAUGUUAACAUGGCAAAAUUAUUUUGCAGACGAUGCACCGAUGAUAGAAAAUGCUUCAUGUAGCACCUUUUUAAAAUGUCAGUCAACUACACCACUGUGUGCACAGUAUGGCUGUUUAUUCUGUGGACUGUGGUUUUUUGUUUUGUAACUGGGAAACUGGGGAAAUAUUAUUUUAGCUUGUAGGUAGCAGACAGUGAAUGUCAAUGUUAUAUGGAAACUACUGUAUGUAACAUCUGUAAAUAUACAGUAGUAGCUUUGCAGUAUGUACUGUAGUAAUGUGAUUAUAUCAAUGUAAACUAUAAAAUGCCUCUCUGUCUUGGAAAAGAAGUUGGUGAUUGAUGGUGCUUGGCGUUUGCACUAAUGAGUGAUACACUUGUACAUCUGAUAUUUUAUUUUUAUUAUCUCAUUUAUAUGUAUACCUAAAGUCUUGUUUGUAAAUCUGAUAUUAAAGAAGCUCUUCUCUUUCAAUUUCU